GGAAGCGCUGGGAUUCGCUGGUUUGUGGAUUGAGGAGCGCAACCGGCGCCCCAUCAGGAAAAAGUCAGGGUGGGACAACCUGCCAAAGGGCAGAAAACCGAAACCCACCAGCUAACAUCACCACCAGGGGAGAGUCACAUCAUAAACUUUAUGCGAUAUACAUCCUAUUUUAUCCCGGAAAAAGGGGAGGCUUCCCUGGCUUUCUGUCAUAUGUUAAAUUGGAUAAACUAUGUAUCUAACUGUGACGUUAAAAUAAACGAGGUUAAUCCUAACUAUGAUUCUGUCUGAGUGUUUCACGACUUUAAAUGAACGUGUUGCUGGAUGAAUAAAUCCCGCUUUCCGGUCUCUUUAUUUUAGCGGGCAUUUCCCACUUUGCCACCGCAUGCUCUCCUUUACUGCACUGGAAGCGUCCAUAACCUUACGCGGAAUCGCAGUUAGGAUGGAGCUCAGAACCGCGGCGAAACACCGAACUGGAAGCGGUGGAGCUAUCCCGAGCGUAAUAGAGAUAUAAAAGCAUUAAACCUCACUCCCCGGGGUCCGCAAUUGCUUUUCAUCAAAUUAAUUAUCCGUGCAAUAUUGAAAUUCUGGUGGACGAUGUUCCGGGGCUUAGGCGUCUGCUUAUUGUAUUAGCCUGGAUAGGGCUGCCUCCUUAAAGCCUACAGUUUGUUAGUUAUACGCCUUGGGAGGCUCUGGUUUUCGUCAUCCGUGACAAAUGAAAUGAUCCAAAGCAUAGCCGUGCGCUAGCACGCCGCUUAAUUGGAUUUCCGCUGUGGGGUCUGUGUCAGGUAGACAGAGGAAGGCGUCCGGGCCGAAAGUACGGCGGCUGCACCCCAGGGCCCUUAGGGUUCAGCCCUAAGCCCCUUCGGAGUUUUACAUUCUUUCCGCGACUAACCAUGUGACUAGCAGAAGUUCUCUGUUUUCCCAUGAAAUGUAGCUGAUAUUUCAUUCUUACAAUGACAAAAUAAAAUGCACCUUUAUUAAUCCCGAGGGAAAUUACUGUGCCAAGGCAUAGCCCACACCGUGCAAGAUUAAUACAACAAAUGGCUUAAAAAUACCAAAUAAAUAAAGAGUCCAAGUAUAAAGAUGAGGUCCCUAAGAAGCUCCCUUCAGGUGGUCGGGUUAGUGUGCAGCGUGUUGAGGCUCCCGUUGUCGCUGGGCGCUCUGUCCCUUUAAGAGGUCAGUGCCGCUAGGCUCCUCUGGGGCUCUCCAGUGAGGGAGUGCAUGCGGACAGGUGGCUCCUGUCCCCAGCAGCCAGACGCUCUGCGGGGAGCAGCCGACACGCAGCCCUGUCUUGGGGGACAGAGGGGGGUGGGUUCAGGGUUUCGGACAGCCCUGUGAAGGACUCCCGCCCCAGCAUGAGCUCAGCAGCCGAACCUGUGGCCAUCACCCGACCCCCACCCUCCUCCAAGAGGCACCGGAGCCAGAGGAAGAAUUCCAGCAGAUUAUACUCGCAGUACCAGGAGCCUCGGACCGGGUUCUCCGACGAAGAGGAUAAGCCAGAAGAGCAGGUGGACAGCAAUGACCCGGAGGAGAUAUUCCAGAACAUUCAGCUCCAGAAGGAGAUCAUCGCCAACAUUCGCACCAGACCCUGGCCCAUGAGACACAAGCUCAAAGUCCUCAAGCAGGCCAGGGAGAUCGUCCUGAAGUACGAAGGUAGGCUCACCCGGACCCGCGGCUAUCAGGCUGCCGGAGCCAAUCUCCUGAAGAAACUGUCCCGCUUGCUGUAUAAUAUUGUAGUUUUAUUUGUUCCGUGGGAAAUGAGAAUUAAGAAGAUUGAGAGUCACUUCGGAUCGGGGGUGGCUUCGUACUUCAUUUUCCUACGAUGGCUGUUUGGCAUCAACAUCGUUCUAACCGUCAUGACGGGAGCCUUCAUCGUCCUGCCCGAACUGUUGGCUGGUGCCCCUUUUGGAACCACCCGGAGCAAGACCAUUCCCAAGGAGCACCUGGCCUCUGCCCAGGACCUGGACACCAUCUGGUCACUCGGGGGUUACCUCCAGUACUCUGUGCUCUUUUACGGCUACUAUGGAAGCGUCCGGAAGAUCGGCAGUGCCGGCUACAGGCUCCCCCUGGCGUAUUUUCUGGUCGGAAUGGCUGUCUUUGCCUACAGCUUCAUCAUUCUGCUCCGCAAGAUGGCCAGGAACUCGCGACUCAGCCUGGCCAGCGCCUCCGACGAGACCUACACCUUCUGCUGGCGGGUGUUCUGCGCGUGGGACUACCUGAUCGGCAACCCCGAGGCAGCCGAGAGCAAAGGCGCGGCCAUCGUCAACAACAUCAGGGAGGCGAUUGUGGAGGAGCAGGAAAAGAAGAAGGACACAAGCCUAGCGGUUCUGGUCAGUCUCCGCAUCCUGGCAAACAUACUGGUGCUGCUGUCUCUGGCGGGCAGCAUUUACAUCAUUUACUUCGUGGUGGACCGCUCGCAGAAGCUGGAGCAGGAGAAGCCAGAGUUGACGCUUUGGGAGAAGAACGAGGUGAGCGUGGUGGUCUCACUCAUCACCAUGAUCGCGCCGUCUGCUUUCGAGCUGGUGUCCCAGUUGGAGAUGUACCACCCCAGGACCAGCCUCAGGUUCCAGCUGGGAAGGGUUUUGGUGCUUUACCUGGGAAACCUUUACAGCCUGAUAAUCGCUCUGCUAGACAAAGUGAACAGUAUGAGCUCAGCGGUUCCCGUUGCUCCUGGGAAUUGGUCUGACUCCUCUGGAUUCCUGGCAACCAUUUCCCUGCCUAUAGAGGAGAACCUGUCCACCAUUGUGCCUGAGAUCUUGGAUCGGAGGAACUCCACGCCCAGCCUGGUCCUGGAGCCCAGCAGGAUGAGAAGCCCCGUGUCGGUCCUCCUUAACCAGACGGCGCUGUACGAGUACAACAUGCGCUCCCAACAGGACCAGUGCUGGGAGACGUACGUCGGGCAGGAAAUGUUAAAGCUGUCCAUCAUCGACAUGAUAUUUACCGUGGCCAGUAUCUUACUCAUCGACUUCAUUCGCGGCCUCUGCGUCCGUUACCUGAGCGACUGCUGCUGCUGGGAUCUGGAGAGCAAGUUUCCAGAAUACGGAGAAUUCAAAAUCGCUGAGAACGUCCUUCACCUGAUAUAUAACCAGGGGAUGAUAUGGAUGGGUGCCUUCUUCUCCCCAUGCCUGCCAGCCUUCAAUGUGCUCAAGCUCAUCGGCCUGAUGUACCUGCGCAGCUGGGCCGUGCUGACCUGCAACGUCCCCCACCAGCAGGUCUUCCGGGCUUCCAGGUCCAACAAUUUCUACCUUGCCAUGCUUCUGUUCAUGCUCUUCCUCUGCAUGCUCCCCACGGUCUUCGCUAUAGUGCGGUACAGGCCCUCACAACAUUGUGGCCCAUUCAGCGGUCAGGAGAAGAUUUAUGACAUCAUAUCAGAGACGAUUUCCAACGAGUUCCCGCUGUGGUUCGGCAAAGUGAUGAGCUACGUCACCAGCCCGGUCGUGGUGCUGCCGGCUCUGCUCCUGCUCUUCAUGCUGAUCUAUUAUCUCCAGUCCAUCGCGCGGUCAUUGAAAUUCACCAACACCCAGCUCCGAAUGCAGCUUCAGACCGAAAGGACAGAUGACAAAAAGAAGGUUUUUCAAAGGGCUGCAGGCCGCCUGCAGCCUGCCGAGGUGGAAGCCAAGAAGCAGGAACAGGAGAGCGACGUCACCACUAGCCAGGAGUCCUCCGUGCGCUCCUCAUCUCCCCGCCGCAAUGGCAGCGUGGCCAACUUUGAGUCCCCGGUGAGGCAGGGCAACAGCAUCCACACCAUCACCCAGUCAGCCUCGCGCUCUGACGUCAACAGGCCCACGACCUCCGCCCAGAGUCCCUCCAUCCCACUGAUGCAGAAACAAAGAAUGGAGCACGUGCCGAGCAGACACCCAGGAUACUUUGGUGGGGCUAGUGGCCCUGGCAGGUCAAAGUCCUUCAACCAGGUGGCGUACAGUCCCUCCACCCGCUACACAGAGCACAUCCACUCGGAGCCGCUGUACCGGAAGGGUCUCCGGGCCGUGCACGCGGACGCUAUAGGGCUGGCUCCAGGCCCGAGCUUCGUGGGCCGACGGUGCCACACUACACGCUACGUGAUCAUCAACGAGCAUGAAGCCCGCAAGAAGCUACUGCGCUCGUCCGUGCGGCUGCCCCGGCACUACCGCCUGGAAGACCCCGGCGACAUCGUCGAGCUCUACCCACGCAACAUCAAGAGGUUCGGGAGCCGCAGUCAGCACCGCUCCUUCCAGCCACACCUCUGCGAGGAAGAGGAGGAAGAAGAUGCCAUCAAAGUGCUACGGAGGGGCUCCUUCGGCCACAGCGACCGGCCGCGGUCGCUGUCUGACCUCCAGCCUCCUGCUCGCUUCUACAUCGGAGACAAGGCAGAGAGAGACUCGGCCAGGGGGCUGUAUGGACAGCACAGGGAGGGCGGCGAGGCAGGCUGGGAGGAGGAUCCCUCGCCGUCCCGCUCCUACACAAACGCCAAGAGCAGCAAGCCCCACAGCAGGCCGGGUGAACUGCAGGUGAAGGCGAAGACGAAGCACAAGGCAGCGCCAUCCCUCACAGAGUCUGACUCCGCCUCCGCUGCCUCCAGCAGCGACCAGCAGAACAGCAGCACCGACCAGUACAUCCAGGUCAUUCACAACAAGGAAAAAUACUUAAAGUCAAGCGGCAAGGUAACUAAAAAGAAGUCUAAAGCCAGUAUCGAUUUAAAUCUAACGGGAUCCAAAGACCUGGUCUGCUCCAAUGUCUAAUGAUGCGCUGCUUCCUUUGCAUUGAUUUCAUCUGUUGUCACUGAUUACAGUUUAUUCUACCGAGAUGUUUAAUAUACUGUUAUGUUCAAAGUAAUAUAAAGAAGUGGACGAUGCUGUAAUUAAUGUCUGAAGUAGUUGUUUUAGUUACUCAAGUUUUAGCACACCCGUGUACAAAAAUUUCCAUCACAAUGUGAAAUUGGUGUUUUUAACCUAAAAUCACUGCAUUUUCUAAUUACUGUAAUAGAAAUAAAGCACAUGAUUGCGAUUUACUGUAAA